GAUUUGCAAUUCGAAAAUCAAGAAAGAUCAUCACAUGCAUGAAUUAGCUAGUAUACUGUAUAACAUAUUUGUCAAAAAAAAUAAAAAACUGUAUAAGAUAUUAUCACUCCUUAAUUAAAGCUCCUAAUUAGGAGAUACGUUUUUUUUUUACCACUAUAUAAAGGAAAAUAACUACAAGAGAGCAAAUAAACCAACAAUACAUAAUUUUCCCAAAAAAAAAAUCAUACAAAUCAUCAUGGAACUACAAAAAAAUUUCUUCUUCGUUUUUCUCUUUAUUUCUCUAACAUAUUCAACAAGUGUUGUUGAUUUUUGUGUGGCGGAUUUAAAGCUUCCAAGUGGACCGGCAGGAUACCCUUGUAGAAAUCCUGCUGACCUUACAGUUGAUGAUUUUACUUUUUCAGGUCUAGCCACUCCAGGUAACGGGUCAAAUAUUUUCAAACUUGGGAUAAGUGAAGCAUUUGAUGUCACAUUCCCCGCUGUGAAUGGUCUAGGUAUUUCCGUCCUUAGAGCAGACCUCGGUGUGGGUGGAGUCGUUCCACUCCACUCACACCGAGUGACAGAACUUAUUUAUAUGGUCGAGGGUAGUAUGAUUACCGGUUUUAUAAAUACGGAUAACAAGCCGUAUUUUAAAACAUUGAACAAGGGUGAUAUUAUGAUCAUACCACAAGGGUCUUACCAUUUUUCGGUUAACAACGGCACGACUCCGGCCGUCGCUACUGCUACGUUUAAUAGUGCAAAUCCUGGCAUACACAUUGCUACAUUAUCUAUUGCAGCAAACAACUUACCCACUGAUCUUAUUCAGAAGAUUACUUUGUUGGAUACUAAUCAAAUUCAUGAGUUGAAGAAGAUAUUUGGGGGUACUAAUUAAUUAAUUAGAGCAUAAUUAUGCCUUUUUUUAAUAGUAUUAUUAAAGUUUUGAGAUACACAAGUUGUAUUUCAUGUA